AUGGAUCACCAGAGCUAUGCGGCUUUUGCAACAAACUCUACAAACCCUUUAUAUCUUCAUUCAAACGAAAGUCCAGCUUUGAUUCUUGUUGCUCCACCAUUGGAUAACAAGAACUAUCACACAUGGUCUAGAUUGAUGCACAUUGCGUUGAUUUCGAAGAACAAAGAAAGAUUCAUCGAUGGAUCGUUCCCAAAGCAAUUCGUCUCCGAUCCUAUGUAUGCUCAGUGGAUUAGAUGCAACACCAUGGUCCUUUCUUGGAUUCAAAGAUCCAUUUCUGAAUCCAUCGCGAAAUCGGUUUUAUGGAUCGCUACACCUUCAGAUGUUUGGAACAAUUUACGGAUUAGGUUUUCGCAUAGUGACGUUUUUCGCAUAUCAGAUAUCCAAGAAGAACUCUAUCGCUUCCGCCAAGGUACACUCGAUGUAUCUGAAUACUUUACUCAGUUAAAGAUGCUUUGGGAUGAACUUGAAAAUUAUCAUCCCCUUCCCUGUUGUACCUGUUCGUUUGCUUGCUCAUGUGGUGUUGUUGACUCUGCCAAGAAAUACCGUGAGCAAGAUUAUGUCAUCAGGUUUUUGAAAAGGUUGAAUGACCGAUUUGCACAGUCCAAGUCCCAGAUCAUGAUGAUGACACCUCUGCCUCACAUUGACAAGGCUUUCUCUCUUGUUAUUCAACAAGAACGAGAACUCAAUUACUCAUUGUCAUCUGAUUCCACUAAUUUUGAGGUUACAGCUCUUCAUGUCAACGGUCAACAUGGCAAACAGUCACACAUUUCUAAAGGUAAAGGUAAUAGGGUGUGCACACACUGUGGAAGAACGAAUCAUACCGUGGAUACAUGCUUUCAAAAGAAUGGCUACCCUCCUGGUUACAGGCAGAAGAAUAAAGGCCAGAAUUCCACUCAUGCUUCUUCACAGUCUCAAGCUAACAAUGCUACCAAUGGUUCAGCAUCUGCAGAAAUUGCUUCAGGACCUUCUUUUGGUUUUAUUCAGGAGGAGUUUCAAAGCAUCUGGGCCUUGCUUCAACAAUCCAAACACCUCCUGCUGCCAAUUCCAUCACCACUUCACCCCUAG